AUGGCCAUUACAACACAUUCUACAUUCAACCACAAUACGGAGGGACAUGAAGUCGCAGUAUCAUUUUCUUCCCAGAUCUAUGGCAAGACAAUCAUCAUCACCGGUGUGAAUCUUGAAGGGAUUGGCUUCGCAACCGCUCAAGCUCUUGCCUCUCAGUCUCCGAAAAUUUUGAUUCUUGCUGGUCGUACCCCCUCCAAGAUCCAAGAUUGCAUCACGACCCUCAAAGCCGAGUUCCCUGACGUGAAUUACCGUGGUUUGCAGAUAGACCUUUCCAGCCAAAGGUCCGUCCGCAAAGCCGCUGCUGAGGUUCUCGCAUGGGAGGAUAUAUCUGCGAUUGAUAUCCUUAUCAACAGCGCUGGCGUCAUGGGCGUGCAAGAGCGAACCUUGACCGAAGAUGGAAUUGAGAUGCACUUCGCCACAAACCAUAUCGGACACUGGCUCUUUACUUGCUUGAUCAUGUCUAAGGUCAUUGAGGCUUCCAACCAUAGCCCGAAGGGUGCCACGCGAAUUGUGAACGUGAGUUCAGGCUCGGCUCGAGUGUCAAACAUUCGCUGGAACGACAUCAAUUUCGACAAGAAGAACAACGAUCUUCCCGAAGAAGAGAAACCCCGCGAAGACAUUCUCAAGGCUUGGGGAUACAAGGAAAUUGGAGAGUCCUCUUAUAUACCGUUGGAUGGCUAUAAUCGCAGUAAGGUCGCAAACGUCCUCUUCGGUAUCGGUGUGAACAAGCGCCUUUAUGAGAAGUACGGGAUCGUAUCCCUCGCUGUUCACCCGGGUAUUAUCGCGACGGAGCUUGGAAGGAAUUUCCCCCCUGAGACAAUCCAAGCUAUCAAAAGCAUGUUUGAAAGUGGAGUCUGGUCUUAUAAGACCCUAGGUGCAGGGGCUUCGACUAGUCUCGUUGCGGCGCUGGACCCGAAGCUGGGGGAUAACGUUGGGGAGACUAAGUACGGCAGUGAGAAUUGGGGGGCUUUUCUUGACGACUGUCAGAUCAGCGGUGGUGCCACACCUCUUGCGGUCUCGAGUGCAGAGGCGGAGAAACUAUGGAAUGUCUCUGAGAAGUUGGUUGGGCAGAGCUUUGCCUGGCGAACGGAUGAAGUCUGCUUAGAAUCAUAG